AUGGAGAACCCGAGGACGUAUGACUUGUCAGACCUUGACAAAGCAGGCUUCACCAAGACCGUGAAAGUCGUCCUAUUCUAUGACCUCCAGGCCACUGUUGAUCCUGAGAGUGUGAUUUCCUCUUUACUGGAGGGAGUCAAGCACGCAACUCACCUACUACCCUUCAUGGGAGGAAAUCUCCAGUUGAAUGAGUCUGGAAGGCUCUGCAUCGUAGCCUCCCCUGAUAGCUCGGUGCAAGUCAGCAUACGUCGGUUCACGAGCACCGAGUGCAACCCUUUCCAUGUCUUGGCACAGGACUCGUUCUCUCCCAGCAAGCUGGACUUGACUCGAUUCCUCCCAGAAGAACCAACGGCCAAGCAUCCAGUCUGCCUAAUGCAAGUCAGCCUCAUCCAAGGAGGCCUGGCCGUAGGGUUUCGUAUGGACCAUGCAGCUGGGGACUGGGUAUCUCUCGACACCUUCAUCUCGCUUGUCUGCCAAAGCAGCAAGGCACACCAAGAAGGUUUGACCAUGCCAACCUAUACUCCAGACCUCAAAAGAGACCCUUACAACACCCCGGCGCUCAAUAUCACCCUCUCGCGAGAAGACCGACUCGCUCAACUUCCCCUGUUCCACAUCAUCGAAAAGAGCAAGUUCCAAGUCAAAUCACCGCCUCCAACCCGCGCCGGUAUCUACCGCAUAGCAGAGCCCACCAUCCAACAGCUUAAAGCUCGAUGUGCCCAAUACCUGGACCAGGUGGAGUACGUAAGCUCCUACGACUGCAUAUCCGCCCUCGUAUGGAUCGCUCUCACCCGGGCCCGUCUGCACAUCCAUCCCGACCAAGCCAACGCUCCAUCGCGCUUCGUCCACCCCAUCGACGUCCGAUCCCGCGACCCCGAACAUAAAACCUCGCUCCAGUACUUUGGCAACGCCGUCAUCGGCACCCUCGCUGGGCCAGUGCCCGCCACCACACUCAUAUCCGACGGGGACCGCAGUCUUGCCGCAGCAGCUACGAAGAUCCGCCAAUCCAUCCACGCCGUUGACAUAUCGAAGAUUGGGCACAUUACAGCGUUGCAGACCUCACUCGCAGACACUCAAAUACUUCUUCCGAACGCUGACUUUGCGGGCAUGGAUCUGUUCAUGAACACCUGGUACACCGGGAGCGCGGCUAAGUAUGAUCUAGGAGGGGCACCACGGCCCGUGGCUUUUCGAGUGCAGGCGGGAGUGCCGGGCGCGUGCGCGGUAAUUCUACCAAAUUUCUAUGAGAGUGAUACGAGGGUAUUUGAGGUUUUCGUGCAAGCUCCGGAGCCAGAGCAUGAGGCUCUGAUGGAAGAUGUGGAGUUUUUGAAAUAUUUCGAGCAGGUUGCAUAA